CUCCCACCCCGUUCCCACUCUCACCCCCACUGCCACUCUCACCCCCACUGCCACUCUCACCCCCACUCAGCCCCCCCUCCCUCAGCCCAAGGCUUCCAUUUCCGGCUGCCCAAACUACACGUUUCCGCCCUCUGGGCUACGGGAAUUUCAAUGAACUCGGUGACGGGAAGCGGGGCCCAAUCAGAAGCAGCGCCUCCCCCGGAGGGAUGGGCAUGCUCCAGUGACAAUGAGACCCAGGAAGGGCAAACGGAAAGAAAAACUUCAAGGGCUCCUCUAUGGGAUAUGCUCCGGCCCCAGAAUAUAGCUUGCGCUGCUUUAAACCUGGUAACCCUUUCAAGCUGAAACAUGACGUUCUGCCAUUUCCAGUGGCAUCUCGUAUUGCUCAAUUUUAUGACCUGCGGCCUUGAGAUCUGCGUAGCGGCGGGAAUCACCUACGUGCCCCCCUUACUUCUGGAAGCAGGGGUAGAAGAGCAGUACAUGACCAUGGUUUUGGGUAUUGGGCCUGUGCUAGGGCUCAUUCUAGUGCCCCUGAUUGGAUCAGCUAGUGAUAACUGCCAAAGCACCCUUGGCCAAAGACACCCAUUCAUUUGGCUAUUUUCCGUUGGCGUCCUCCUUUCUCUUUUCAUCAUUCCACAUGCAGACUCCUUGGCCGCCUUUUUUAGUAACAGAGAAAAAAACGCCCAUAUUUUUAUACUAAUUUUUGGGGUGGGCUUGUUGGAUUGUUGCGUCCAGGUCUGUUUCACCCCACUGGAAGCUCUUUUGUCGGAUCUGUGCCAUGACGAUGAAGGCUGUGGUCAGGCGUUCGCCAUGUUCUCCUUUAUGAUCAGCUUUGGGGGGUGCAUCGGGUACCUACUGACAUCAUUUAACUGGAAUUAUACGUACAUGUCACUUUACCUCGGGGGUCAGGAUGAGUGCCUGUUCCUAUUGCUAACUGUUAUAUUUAUAAUAAGUGUCCUUGUUACUAUGAAGACCUCAGAGGAGGCUUUCUGUAGCCAACAGCAAAGGAUGGAUCUGAAGCCAACACCAACCUCAGGUUUGCUCCCUAGGGGUUGCUGUGUGCCCAAAUGGAAGCUGAGAUCCUGGAAAUGCAACCCUCUGUUCUGCCUCUUGAGUCUGUGCUGGUCGGUUCCCCCGAGACUUUACAGCAGCUGCUGUCGCAUUCCGUCCGUCAUGAAGCAACUAUGCGCUGCGCAACUCUGCAGCUGGAUGGCGGUGAUGUCUUUUAUGCUGUUCUAUACGGACUUUGUGGGAGAGGGGUUGUACAAUGGGAUUCCUAGUGCUGCUCCAGGGACGGAGUCAAGGCUGCGCUAUGAUGAAGGCAUCCGAAUGGGCAGCGUCGGCCUCUUCCUUCAAUGCGCCAUUUCCACCUUCUUUUCAGUCAUCAUGAACAAACUCACAAAGCACUUUGGUCCAAGGAGAAUCUACCUUGCCAGUAUGGUCACCUUCACCUCGUCCGCCCUAGUGAUUUGCCUGUCGCAGAAUAUUCUAAUCGUCACUAUUAUGUCAUCGCUCACCGGAUUUGCGUAUGCGACGCUGCAGACCCUACCAUACACCCUUAUUUGUCUGUAUCACAAAGAAAAAGAUGUGUUUAUGCCGAGAGCUCUGCUGCCCCAAAGCAAGAAUGGAUAUACCCUUACCAAAGAAGCAGUGUAUUUUUCAUCCAACAAUAAUGAGGAUGGUACUUUUCGGCACAAUGGGGCCCUACAGAGCAAAGAAGAACGGAUAUAUAAUCCUCAUGAACUGGAGAUUUAUACUCAGGACUAUCCCUACCUCUCAAACUCAAAUCUUUCCGCGGCCCAGAAAGAAAUAUCCCAGGACAAUUACACCCCAAGGGGCAUCGGGCUGGAUUUUGCUAUUCUCGACAGCACUUUCUUGCUGUCCCAGGUCUUCCCAUCCCUGUUCAUGGGGAUGAUGGUGCAGUUUAUGGAAAAUGUGACAAUGUACAUAGCCUCCUCCGUCCUCUUUGGGGUUUUUGCUAUUUAUUUAGCCAACCGAGUUGUGUUUGACCAAAAAGACUUAAAAGUUUAAAGAUGGUAGCGCUGCUUACUGUAUUCAUGUUUACAGGACUAAUGGUUGCUAUGUUUUCAGUCAUAACUUCCAGCAAGGCCAGUAACCUCUAACCAUACCCAUUAACAUUCUCAAUUCAAAAGGCAA